GGAUGACUGCUGUGUGUGUAUAUGUGUGUGUGUGUAAAAGAGAGAGUGUGUGUGGUGUGUUUUUUCUUUUUUUUUUCUCUCUCUCUCUUUGCCAUUCCCCCUGUUCCUCCCGGUAGGCAGUCAGUAGAGGAGCGAAGAGGGAGGGAACCAGACGCCAAGAGAAAGAGAGAGAAAAAGAGAGCGAGAGGCGCAAACUCGGAGACUCUACAAAGAGAGGGAAGGCAGAGAGAGUGUGGCUGGGCGAGAGACACUGAGAAAGAGAAAGGGACGAAAGAGAGACAGAGAGAGAGAGAGAGAGAGAGAGAGAGAGAGACAGAAGGAGAGAGAGUUUUCUUUAGGAAGUCCAGAGCGACUGCUGUAGAGGACACACUCCUGUCCACUAACCCUGAGGAGAAGAACAGGAGGAAAAGACUAGGACUAGCCUGGAAAAAGACCAUUCAAACUAAGUGUCCAUUCCCUCGUCCCCCUUCCUAAAAGGACACCAACCACACUUAUUCCCGUCCCAUACCUUUCAAGAUCUGUCCAUCAUCUGUCCAGGCUGUGCAGCGACUGGACCUGGGAAGACUUCUGCUGGACAUAGUAGAAGCAGAAGAAGACAAGAAGGAGACAACUGGGGAAGCAGAAGAAGAAAAAGAAGCACUACUUGUAAAGAGUGUCUGCCGGCUUUGUCCGAGGUUUGGGAGGAGCAAGGAAAGGAGAAAAGAUAAAGAAGAAAAAGGCAGAAGAAAGAAGACGCACCGGAUAAAGAAAGGAAGAAAGAAAGAGAAAGGCGAGGGGCGCCGUCACCACUCGUGAGGAUCAUGGGGAUCACCGGGAUCACAGGGAUCAGGGGAAGCUACUCCGGAGGCUGGAAGUGGGCACCACCACCGCUACUGCUGAUGAUGCUUCUCAGCGCCGUCGUCUUCGGUGGUUCCAGCGCAUGUCCUGCGCUGUGCACCUGCAGCGGCACCACGGUGGACUGCCACGGACUGGGGCUCAAGACCGUUCCCAGGAAUAUACCCAGGAACACGGAGAGGCUGGAGCUGAAUGGAAAUAACUUCACCCGCAUCAACAAGAACGACUUCUCCGGACUCAAAUACCUCCGUGUUCUGCAGCUGAUGGAGAACCAGAUCACAGCCAUCGAGCGAGGAGCCUUCGAUGACAUGAAAGAGCUGGAGAGACUACGGCUGAACAGGAACCAGCUCCACCAGCUUCCAGAGCUUCUGUUCCAGAAGAACGCUGCACUGUCGCGACUGGACCUGAGUGAGAACUUCAUCCAGGCUAUUCCUCGCAAGGCCUUCCGUGGAGCUACAGACAUCAAAAACCUUCAGCUGGACAAGAAUCACAUCGGCUGCAUCGAGGACGGAGCUUUCCGGGCGCUGCGGGGGCUGGAGGUCCUAACCCUGAACAACAACAACAUCAGUGGCAUACCGGUGUCGAGUUUCAACCACAUGCCCAAGCUGAGGACCUUCCGUCUUCACUCCAACAGUCUGAACUGCGACUGCCACCUCUCCUGGCUCUCUCAGUGGCUCCGGCAGCGCCCGACCCUCGGCCUGUUCACCCAGUGUUCCUCCCCGGCUCAGCUCCGCGGCAUCAACGUGGCCGAGAUCCAGAAACACGAGUUCAGCUGCUCAGGACAUGCUGAAAACUCCAACCCGCCGUCCUGUAACCUCGCCGCCGGCUCCUGUCCCGCUAUGUGCACCUGCAGCAACAACAUAGUGGACUGUAGAGGAAAAGGACUGACGGCCAUCCCAGCCAACCUGCCCGACAACAUGGCUGAGAUACGACUCGAGCAGAACGGCAUCAAGUCCGUCCCUCCCGGAGCGUUCUCCCCCUACAAGAAGCUUCGCAGAAUAGACCUCAGCAACAAUCAGAUCUCGGAGAUCGCUCCCGACGCCUUCCAGGGUCUGCGUUCCCUCAACUCGCUGGUCCUGUACGGGAAUAAAAUCACAGAGCUGCCUAAAGGAGUGUUCGACGGCCUGUACGCCCUCCAGCUGCUGCUUCUGAAUGCCAAUAAGAUCCACUGCGUCCGAGCCAACACCUUCCAGGACCUGCAGAACCUCUCCCUGCUGUCUCUGUACGACAAUAAAAUCCAGACUCUGGCCAAGGGCACCUUCGCCUCCUUACGCGCCAUUCAGACUCUCCAUCUGGCGCAGAACCCUUUUAUCUGCGACUGCAAUCUCAAGUGGCUGGCCGACUACCUCCGUUCCAACCCGAUCGAGACCAGCGGCGCUCGCUGCGCUAGCCCCCGCCGCCUCGCCAACAAGCGCAUCGGCCAGAUCAAGAGCAAGAAGUUCCGCUGUUCUGCCAAAGAGCAGUACACCAUUCCAGGGACGGAGGACACCAGGUUGAACAAAGAGUGCAACAACGACCCUGUGUGUCCGGCCAAGUGCCGUUGCGAGUCCAACGUGGUGGACUGCUCCAAUCUACGCCUAACCAAGAUUCCCGAACACAUCCCAGCUUCCACCACUGAACUCCGACUCAACAACAAUGAGAUCACAUCUCUGGAGGCCACUGGCGCGUUCAAGACGCUAACACAGCUGAAGAAAAUAAAUCUGAGCAACAACAAGAUUUCGGAAAUCGAGGACGGUGUGUUCGAGGGCGCAUCUUCCGUCAACGAGCUGCACCUGACGGCCAAUCAGCUGGACUCGGUGCGCAGCAGCAUGUUCAAGGGUCUGGAGGGUUUACGGAUGCUAAUGCUCCGCAACAACCGCAUCAGCUGCAUCCACAACAGCAGCUUCACUGGCUUGUACAACGUCCGUCUGCUAUCUCUAUAUGACAACCAGUUGACCACCAUUACGCCUGGAGCUUUCGACACCCUUCAGACCCUCUCAACUCUGAACCUGUUGGCCAACUCCUUCAACUGCGACUGCCGGCUGGCGUGGCUCGGAGACUGGCUGAGGAGCCGCAAGAUCGUCACAGGGAACCCACGCUGUCAGCGCCCGGCUUUCCUCAAGGAGAUCCCGCUGCAGGACGUGGCUCUUCCAGAUUUCCGCUGUGAAGAAGGCCAAGAGGAUGCCAGCUGUAUGCCCCGCCCGCAGUGCCCCAGCGAGUGUACUUGCCUGGAGACGGUGGUGCGCUGCAGCAACAAGCACCUACGCGCUCUCCCCAAGGGCAUUCCUCGCAACGUUACGGAGUUGUACCUGGACGGCAACCAGUUCAGCAUGGUGCCAAAAGAGCUUGCCGCCUUCAAGUAUCUGCAGCUGGUUGACCUGAGUAACAACAAAAUCAACUCCUUGACCAAUGCUUCCUUCGCCAACAUGAGUCAACUCACCACCCUGAUCCUGAGUUACAACUCUCUCCGCUGCAUUCCAUCACUUGCCUUCUCAGGCCUCCGGUCCCUCCGUCUGCUGUCCCUGCAUGGUAACGACAUCUCAGAGCUUCCUGAUGGGAUCUUCAGUGACGUGAUGUCCCUGUCGCACCUGGCGAUCGGGGCGAACCCGCUGUACUGUGACUGUCGGCUGCGCUGGCUGUCGGACUGGGUGAAGACGGGUUAUAAGGAGCCGGGUAUCGCCCGCUGCACCGGACCACCCGGCAUGGAGGGCAAACUGCUCCUCACCACACCUGCCAAGAAGUUCGAGUGCCAAGGUAACGUAGACCCUGCCAUCCUGGCGAAGUGUAACCCGUGUCUGUCGAGCCCCUGCCUGAACCACGGGUCCUGCCACACAGAUCCUGUAGAGGUGUAUAAGUGUACCUGUGCUGAGGGCUUUAAGGGUAAACACUGCGAGACGGCGCUCAACGCCUGCGUCAGUAACCCCUGUGCCAACGGCGGGGUGUGCCAGGUCACCGGAGAGGGCGACGCCUUCAGCUGCUCGUGUUCGCUGGGUUUUGAAGGUCCGAGCUGUGAGAUCAACAUCGACGACUGCGAGGAUAACGACUGUGAGAACGGCGCCACCUGCAUCGACGGGGUUAACAACUACACCUGCCUGUGCUCACCUUACUACACAGGAGAGAUGUGUGAGGAGAUGGAGGACAUGUGUGCUCCUGGACACAGUCCCUGCAAACACCAGUCCACCUGCCUCAUCACCGCAACCGGACCCAAGUGUGUGUGUGCGCCGGGAUACGUAGGCGAUGACUGCAGUGUGGAUUACGAUGACUGUCAGGAACACAAGUGCCAGAAUAACGGCGAGUGUGUGGACGAGAUUAACGGAUACUCCUGUUCCUGUACCAGAGGAUACAGUGGUCAGCUGUGUGAGGUGCCCCCCGCCCCCCGCUCUCUCUGUGAGCUGGCGGACUGUCAGAACGAUGCCCCCUGUGUGGAGCGGGCAGGGCGGGCACUGUGCCAGUGUCUGCCAGGCUUCGGGGGUCCACGCUGUGAGAAGCUGGUCAGCGUUAACUUCGUGGAUCGAGACUCGUACCUGCUGCUGAGCGACCUGAAGAACUGGCCUCAGGCCAACAUCACCCUGCAGGUGUCCACUGCAGAGGACAAUGGCAUCCUCCUGUACAAUGGAGACAAUGACCACAUAGCUGUGGAACUCUACCAAGGUCACGUUAAGGUCAGCUACGACCCCGGCAGUCAGCCCGGCCACGCCAUCUACAGCACCGAGACCAUCAAUGAUGGUCAGUUCCACACAGUGGAGCUGGUGACUUUUGACCAGAUGGUGAACCUGUCCAUCGACGGUGGGCUGCCCACCACCAUGGAUAGCUUCGGGAAACUGCGGCCCCUGAACGGAGAGGCUCCGCUAUACGUGGGGGGUAGGGGCCCACCGCAGAUACCUACCUCCACCGCAGGAAUGCCGCUGGACGUCCCCUCCUCCGCCCUGCGGAUGUGGCAGAUCCAGAACGGCUCCAGCUUCCACGGCUGCAUCCAGAACCUCUACAUCAACAACGAGCUGCAGGACUUCACCAAGACCCAGAUGAAGCCCGGCGUGGUGCCCGGCUGCGAGCCCUGCCGAAAGAUCUACUGCCUGCACGGCAUCUGCCAGCCCGACGCCGCCGCCGGCCCAGUCUGCCACUGCCAGCCCGGCUGGAGCGGCCCGCACUGCGACCAGCCGGCCACCAGCCCCUGCCAGGGCAGCAAGUGUGUACACGGGAAAUGUGUUCCACUAGACACGCAGACCUACCGCUGUGAGUGCCAGGAGGGGUACCGCGGUGCCCUGUGCAACCAGCAGGGGGAGCUCUUCAAUCCCUGCAGGAGGCUCCAGUGCAAACAUGGCCGCUGCCAGGUAUCAGACACUGGCGACGCCUACUGCCACUGUGAGAGCGGCUACACCGGGGACUUAUGUGAUGCAGAGUCGGAAUGCCGCGGGGAGCCGGUGCGGGACUUCUACCAGGUGCAGCGCGGCUACGCCAUCUGCCAGACCACGCGCAUGGUAUCAUGGGUGGAGUGCAGCGGGGCAUGCGACACGGGCGCCUGCUGCGCCAGCCAGAGGAUGAAGCGCCGGAAAUACACCUUCGAGUGCAGCGACGGCACCUCCUUCAGCGAGGAAGUGGAGAAGACGAUCAAAUGCGGCUGCGUGGGGUGCAUGUAGCAUGCCCCGCCCACCCCCGCGAGCGUGACCCCGCGAGCGUGACCCCACAAACCCCACCCCGCCGCCGUCUUCGCAACGUCUUCGCAGAGAGAAAAAAAAACUGGAGGGGGAAAAAGAUCGAAAGCGAGAGAGACAGAGAAAGAGAGAGUGAGAGAGAGAGAGAAAAAGCCAGCGCAAGUAAGAGAGAGUAUACAGAAAUAUAUAUUAAAAACCUAUCUAUAUAUUAUGGACAACAACGUUUGUAAAAUAUAGGACUUUUCCUCCCUUUCCGAGGGGUGUACGUCAUAAGACAAAAAAGAAGAGAACAUCGAAAAAAAAAAACACGCGGAAAAACAUUGUACCAUUGUAUCUGUGAAACUUUUUGAGUUUCUUUUUGUUUUAGUUUUUUUUUUUUUCACAAAAAGAGAAGCGAAAAAAAAGAAAAAAACGGCGGCUAAGAAGAGGUACGAGAGGUACGAGUUUCGAGUGUCUCCUUUUUCUCACCUGUCCGUAUAUAUAUACAUAUACAUGUCCUGGAACAUUCAGGAUGAUACAGAAAAGGGGUUGAAUGAAUAGACAGACUAUAGACUUGGUAGAGUAUUGUAUUAAAAGAGUACCUUAAUUAAGGUGGUGGGCAAAGAAAAUAAAAAGAAGAGAAAGAAGAAGAAGAGGGAGAAGAAGACAAAGACCAUGAACCCUGGCAGCAUCUUUGAUGACACUCAAUGAUAGAUACAUCAUUCAUUAUCACAAACACCCACCAAUCGUGACCAUCCAGCCAUCCAGGAACCAGGUACAGAGAAGAUGAUGAUGCUGGCACUGGUAUUUGCUUUUGUAGUCUGUCUGAAUUGAAAUGAAAGAAGUUAAAGCCUUCAAGAAGCUUUGAGAAGCUUGAGGAGUUGAUGGAUCAUGAGUGAAGGGUACUGACGAAGAUGUCAACCAGUCAACCAUAUUGUUCAUAAAGAUAAUUGGUGGUAACAAGUCCUAAAAAGAAGGAACCCAGCCCUCAUAUAGCCUCCUACCGAAUGGUAUUGAGAGCCUGGUGCCAUUACCUUGUACAGUUGCUUACAUUUACCUACUUUUUUGAGGGCUUUUAGAGGACCAGCGUUCAGAAACCUCCAUGGACCAUCCGUUGAGCAUCCAGUGAACAUCCAGGCUACACAAACAAACUAAUCUAAUGUUCUCUCUGUUCUGCCUUUUUUUUGUUGUUCCUUUCGGUUCGUUUUUUUGCACUGUCAUUUCCGUUCCCCAAUGUAAACUCGAGGGCAUGUCCAAGAAGCUAAAGGAGAGCUUCGAAGCACCGAAGCAGCAGCCGAAGAAGCAAGUGCAGGACUAGCGACGCCUAGCAACGCCUCAUCGUGGAGUAGUAAUCUCAUUCAAGUUGCAUGCAUGCUCGUUGUGAUGUGAUGAUGUCCACCAUCACAUAGGGACCGUAGUUUUAAAAUAAAAAUUAAAAAAAGUUCUUCGCAAAUUGAAUGCUGUUGAAUAUCGCAGAACACGCUAAGCUAAGCUAAGCACAUCACGGCCUACGCUAGCAGAUGUGUUUUGGGUUUGUUUUAAAAUAUUGUUUGGUUAAUUUUUUGAUUUUCUGGUAGUUUUAACCCUUACCUUACUCUUACCGAGGCAUGUAUGAGUCUACCAGCCCACCAUUUGGCUUUACGAAUGCCCCGUUUCUUUCGUUUUUUUUUUUUUUUGACGUUGUCAGAGGGGUUUGUUGUAUAGCUGUGGUAUAGAGUGGCGUCGAUGGUUAAUGGUUCCCACGCUGUACAGAAAAGCUAGUAGUGUCCUGUGGUGACCAUUCUCCCAGCAUGCAUUGCCUUACCGAUGGGAAUUUUUAAACCUUUUAAACUUUCCUUCCCCUUCCCCUUCCUCUUAUCGUUCCCUUCAAUGUGAGCAGGAGGAAUCUUAAGCUCCCCUCUCAAAUGCCUGCAGUAUUAAAUGUGCAAAUUUUAUAUUAUUGCAUGUUGAGAAGACUUGCAAUUUGAUAUGUUAAGCGUCUUUACUUUAUUAUUGUUAUUGUUUUUCUUUUUUGUUCAUUCAUUUCGUUCGCUUGUUCAGUUGUUCCGAUUGUUCAGAUUGUUUGAUUGUUUGUUCGUUCUCUAAUUUCAAUGCUUUUUCGCAUUGCUUUUCUUUAUUUUGUUUUUUUUUCCUGAUGUAACCUAACUCCUUUAGUCCUCUCUUUAUACAGAAAAUGCCUAACAGAUUCUAAUAUAUAUUUGUAUUUCAUUUUGGUAUAGUAUUUUUAUAUGUUAAAGAGUUAAUCUGUGUUUUUGAAAGUUAACUGUUGAAAAGGGCAGAACGACAUUUGGUGGGCUUCCUUUCUGUGUUUUAAAUUUUUUCUUUUGAUUUGAUUUGAUUCGAUAUGAUAUAAUAUUGGUUCACUCACCUGCUCUCUCAGAGGCACAGUACGAGCUUUCAGUAAGAAGUAGUUUCGGUAGUAAUCGGCCGCAAAAAAAUAAGAAAUAAUAAUAAAACGGACAGAAAAAGUAAUGAAAGAAAGUAACAGCAGGCCUUGUUCUGAUAGGAGCCAGCAGAGUGUUGAUUUAGGGGAACAUUUGAUAAUGUUGUAUAUGUUGUCUUCCAUGUGUAUUAUAUCACAUCUAAUACAUUUUGAAGUUCUGCGUUGUUUUGUUUUUCUUUUUUAUUUAUUUUUAAAACUUCUAAAAAGGCUUUUCCUGAUCUUGAAGCGGCAGAAUAAAUAACAUUUCUGGUUUUCAAUAAUAACAAUUUUUUUAAAUGGUGAAAGCUCUCUUGUGUGAGAUAUUUAUGAUAUCAUGAUAUCACUUUAUAGAGGUGAUGUGGGCUGGCUAACCAACACAUUCCGGUUUCACAAAGCCAAGGGGGGGGGGGGGUUGGGUUUGGGUCAAGAGGCCUCAAUAUAGGACUGCAAGUAGACGAGAAGAUCGUACCAUGGAUUUGGAGUACCUUGGGUGAACCUUGGGUCAUGUUUCAUGUUUCGGUGAACUCGUGGUUAACAUAAUUUCUUUUGUAUUUCUUUUAUAUAUAUAUAUAUAUAAAUGUUUUAGUUUUGCUCCAUAACCAGUUUCCUCCCUUUCAGAACCAACGAAUGCAUACACUGGGUUGCCCUUUCCGCUACGUUACCUUCUGAGCGAGCGAACGUAGGUGCCAACUUCAUAGACUUGUAACUACAAGACUUCCUUAAAAACAAGAGAAACCUUUUCGUCUACCUAGAUAUUCAGAGAAUCGUCUACUUUAGUGAAGUGGUAACUCUUAGCGGUUAUUUGAUGUGUGAUCUGUCUGUUACUCCGCCGCCACUCUACUGCAGGUGGUUACUGAGGUGUUGUUUCCUUUUUUGCGUGGAUCAGGCGCUGAAUAAAAGACAGUCCGAUCCGUUCUCUGCUGCUGUGGAUAAUGAUAAAAACGCUCAUUUUAUAUCCCCAUUCAAGCCUUGUCUACUAUUUAGAAGGGGCGCGUGAACCACGUUUGGCGUUCACGUCGUCCCCGAAGGUGUGUUGCAUGGUUCCAAUGCACUUCCAUCCUCCGGAGAGGGUCUCCGGUCUUCUGUUCUUCUGGGGAAAGGUCUCGGCCGAGCCCGUCACGGACCCUCUAUCUUUCUAAGCUAUACUCAUAAAAACAUGUAUUGUGAACAAUGCAGUGUCUCUGUUGUAUUGAUGAAAAAAAGUGCUGCAAAAGCUCUUACUGUUUGUUACCUUCAGAUGUGCUUCUGUUGCUUUUCGUGCGUCUCCGGGAUUUUGAUGGUUAUAAUUGAUAAUUGCAGUAAUUCUGAAUGUAAGUAGUGCCACCGACAAAAUGUUUACUGAGAACUCCACCCUUUUCAUUCAUUAAAAUGUGUGUGCUUUUAUUAAAAUUAUGUAAAACUCUG